GGAGCAUGUGAAACGACGCCCGGAACUUGGGUUCCAGUAUGUGGUAUAUUAUGCAGAGCAUUCAGAGUAAAUAUUCUUUGUCUGAGCGUUUGAUCCGGACCAUAGCAGCCAUCCGCUCCUUCCCGCAUGACAAUGUCGAAGACCUUAUCAGAAGGGGAGCGGAUGUUAACUGUAUGCAUGGCACACUGAAGCCACUGCACUGUGCUUGCAUGGUUGCGGAUGCCGACUGCAUUGAGCUGCUGUUGGAAAAAGGAGCUGAGGUGAAUGCCCUUGACGGGUACAACCGGACCGCCCUUCACUACGCAGCGGAGAAGGAUGAGACUUGCGUGGAGAUCCUUUUAGAAUACGGGGCCAACCCAAAUGCCCUGGACGGUAACAAAGACACCCCGCUGCACUGGGCUGCCUUUAAGAACAACGCAGAGUGUGUCCGAACGCUUUUGGAGAGCGGGGCCUCUGUCAACGCUCUGGACUACAACGACGACACCCCCCUGAGCUGGGCAGCGAUGAAGGGCAACCUGGAGAGCGUGAGCAUCCUCCUGGAGUACGGGGCGGAGGUCCGGGUGGUCAAUCUGAAGGGGCAGACGCCUAUCUCCAGGUUGGUGGCCCUGCUGGUCAGAGGGCUGGGCACCGAGAGGGAAGACUCCUGCUUCGAUCUCCUGCACAGGGCCGCCGGGCACUUCGAAUUGCGGAAGAACGGGGCUAUGCCCCGCGAGGUCCUGCGGGACCAGCAGCUGUGUGCGAAGCUCACCACUUUGUGCUCGGCCCCCGGCACCCUAAAGACACUGUCGCGCUAUGCCGUGCGCCGCAGCCUGGGCGUCCAGUUCCUGCCGGAUGCAGUGAAGGAACUACCUUUGCCGGAGUCUCUGAAGGAAUAUGUCCUGCUGAAGUAA